CAGGGGGUCUGUGGCUUCUGAACAGAGAGCUUGCUGGCCUUUCCUUAACUCCUUUCUUUCUAAUUCUCUUUAUCUUUAUCUCUUUUUUUUUUUUUUUGUGUCUCUUUCCAUGUGUUGUCAGUCAGACGCGUGUAAGCCGGCUGAAAUGGGAAGUGAAGGAUUUUGCAGCAGUGUAGUGUAACCAGGCAGGGGACAAGUGACGCUCCUUGUUGUCGGGACAAUGUUACCGAGCGAGCUUUUCAUUAAGCUGCUUGUUUUGUCCGCUAGCUUUGGUUUCACUUGCUUCGCUAUGAAUGGGGAGCAGUAGAUCGGUUGUAACAGUUGUGCAAUCGUUGGUUGUCGUUUGUGUGAAGUUGAAAGAAAUUUAGAAAGUUUUGUGAAUUAUAAAUAUGUCUGCUUAAUACAAGAAGGGGUUUCCCCCCCCAUUUAUUAAAACAGUUUAGUCAGUUUAAAAUGAAUAUUGUUCAUUUUAUUUUUACAUUUCUAGUUGGCAAUUUGAAGCAUAACAGUUUUGCUUUUUUUUGUUUUGUUUUGUAAAAUGAGGAAAGUGAAUUUCUAUGGCAAACUGAAAUGUUAAUCUCUUUAACAGUUGAGCAAUAUCAAAAUGCUCUAUUUUGAUAGAUUUUUGUAAAUUUUUAAUUCUUUACAAAAAAAAAUCAAUUAUUAAAAAUCAGAAAUGACUCCUGCAGCUAGUCUACAGCAUUUUCCUGUUGGUAGUGACUAAUUUAGAACUUGCAGAUUUGAGCUGCCUGAAUUGGCUAGACAGCUGUAAUCGCACUCCUCCUAGUCUUAAUCUCUUUAUCUGGGCAGCAGCUGCCAUAUGGCCUCAGUCAGCUGGAUCAGAUGUUUAUAAGCCUCCUUCUCCGUCCCUCUCUGUCCUCGGAGCCUCCUAAUUUGAUCGUUGCUACCUUGCGAGCUGUCCUACAAUCUUUAUUUUUAGCCAUCUUAAGGAUUAGGAUUGAUGUAGACUACAGGGCACUUAAAGUGAUUGUAUUGUAAAUCUGCUUCCGGCUUCUUCUUUGGGGAGGUUGUUCCAUUUCUCUAAAGAUUUGGGGAGGAGAUAGAGGAGGAGGAGGGGUUGGCUUGGGGUUGGCUGUCCCAAGUCCUCCCCACCAAAACCCCUCAUUAACCAAGGUCUGAGCGUUGUUUAAGGGGGGGUUGGCUUGGUAUCCCAAUCAGAUUUAAAUGAAGAUUCAAAUGAGUUUAUUUAUGCUUGCUGGUUGAACAUGGUGCCCAUGAUGCAUUUUUUGAGAAGGGAGCAGUCUCCACGGGUAACAGGUUAUGAAGACAGCAUGGAGUUUCCGGACCACAGCAGACAUUUACUACAGUGUCUGAGCGAGCAGAGGCAUCAGGGCUUCCUGUGCGACUCCACCGUUCUGGUGGGCGAUGCCCAGUUCCGCGCCCACCGUGCCGUGCUGGCCUCGUGCAGCAUGUACUUCCAUCUCUUCUACAAGGACCAGCUGGACAAGCGGGACGUGGUGCAUCUAAACAGUGACAUUGUAACGGCGCCAGCAUUCGCACUGCUCCUCGAGUUUAUGUACGAGGGCAAGCUGCAAUUCAAGUCCCUGCCCGUGGAGGACGUACUGGCUGCCGCCAGCUAUCUGCACAUGUAUGACAUCGUCAAGGUGUGCAAAAAGAAGCUGAAACACAAGGCCACGGCCGAGGCGGACAGCACCCGGCGCGAGGAGGACGCCUCCAGCUGUUCGGACCGAGCUGAGAGCCUCUCGGAGGGCGGCAGCGCCAACCUGCUGGCCAGCGACGACGACGAGGACGAGAGCAAGAGGGACAGCCAGUGCCCGCCAGAGCCGGCCAGGAUAUGGGCACGCCUGGCAUCGGAGCACGCGGCCAGCCCCGGAGAGGCCGAGGCGCAUGGCAAGUCGCCUGCUGCCGCCGCUGCAAGUCCCAGCAGCUCUACAGGUUCGCUCUGCCCAACUGGUGACUGUGCACUCGACCUGUCUGUAAAAUCAAGCAUGAGCGCCACUUCAGGUGAAGCCAGGAACCCGUAUUUGUGUGGUUCGGCGACUCCAGACAGUCUACACAGCGCUCUGGUGCAAGUGAAGGUGGAAAAAGACACGGGCUCAGAUGAUGAUGAGCUGCCCAGCACUGAGUAUGAGAUGGAACACAGCGGCUUGAAGGAGGAAACGGCAAAUGCUAACGGCCUGCACGUUGUGCACAAUGGACACAGUGUCCAGCGGCUAGGACUCGGCCUGGAGGCCCACCUGACAGCACUGCGAGAGGCCUCUCUGGAGCGUGACAGCAAGGACGAGGGAGAUGGCGAGGUGCUAGGUGGUGAGACCGAGCGGGCACAGGAGAGCCCGCUGCUGCCAUACGUGUCAGGCAUGUUGGGUGCGGCGCACGCGCAGAUCUUCAUGUGCCCCCUGUGCAACAAGGUGUUCCCGAGUCCGCACGUGCUGCAGAUCCACUUGAGCACGCACUUCCGCGAGCAAGAAGGUGCACGCACUAAACCCACUACCGGCGACGUCAACGUGCCCACAUGCUCCAUCUGUGGCAAGACGUUCUCGUGCAUGUACACACUGAAGCGGCACGAGCGGACACACUCGGGCGAGAAGCCCUACACGUGCACCACGUGCGGCAAGAGCUUCCAAUACUCGCACAACCUGAGCCGGCAUGCCGUGGUGCACACACGCGAGAAGCCCCACGCCUGCAAGUGGUGCGAGCGGCGCUUCACGCAGUCCGGAGACCUGUACCGUCACAUCCGCAAGUUCCACUGCGAACUCGUCAACUCGCUCUCGGUGAAGAGCGAAGCGCUCAGCCUUCCCACUCUCCGAGACUGGCCACUCGAGGAUAGCUCGCAAGAACUGUGGAAAUGAAAGCAAACGAAUAAACAAACAAAACUGCUUUUUAGGUUCAGACAGAGCGAGCAAGAGAGGCAGAGAGGUAAGGAAGUAGGGAGGCAGGGAGAUGGUCGAAAGGUCUGCAUCAGUCAUGUUUCUUAUAAAUACAUUGCUUAUCACGUUAAAUUGCACUUUACUAGCACAUGAAAAUGUUACUACUGAUUUUUGUUUUCUGGUCAAUUUAGUUGUGCCGUACUUUUUGUUGUUGUUGUUGUUGUUGUUUUGUUUUUAUUUGUAUUUCCUUUUCUAUUAUUAAACUUGGGUGAUUGUUACAGCCGUCACCUUCGACGUAAAAUGUGCAAAUCUAGAUUUGACAGUGUAUAUACCUACACUUGUACACUCCUUGGUUUUUAUUUAACAUCCAUGCCAUGAGAACGCAUAUGAAGAUUUCAGGUAACACACUGAGGAAGUUCAAAACAUUACACUAAACGGGUACUACGAUCCUAUAUUGACCUGUACACAUAAAGCUCAUUUAUGAGUAUGUGUAUAUAUUGUGCACUACUACUAUACAUUUAUUUUGCAAAUCUCAUACUGGUGUGUGAGAGUGGCUGCGUGCACAUGUCUGUGUGUGUGUGUGUGUGUGUGUGUGUGUGUGUGUGUGUGUGUGUGUGUGUGUGUGUGUGUGUGUGUGUGUGUGUGUGUGUGCGCGCGCGCGCGUGUCCAUGCACGUAAACACAGUAUGCUAACGAGUAAGUCCUUUAAAUCCUGCGAGGAUGUUUGCUCAAAAAAGCUCCAAGCUUGUGUUAUUUAGGCCCUUGUACGUACGUACGUUUGUUUGUUUGUUUUUUGUUUUUUUUGAUUUGUGAUAGGAAACCUGACUGAUAGAAGACAAAAGGCACUCAUGCAAUGUACAGCCUCCUUUUUCAUAUCAACUGACACGUUUUUAUAUCAUUUAACGAUUGGGCUGAUGAGUUGACGUCUAAUUUAUUUGCAGACCCUCAACACUUGUUUUCUGCUGAGAAUGGGUUUUCAUUUGCUGCGUUUCUAGAGAUUUCUGUAGUGUUUUAAGAAAUGAUUUGGUUUGUUUUUCCCAAAAAAAAAACCCAACAAAAAAAAAAAAACUUGGGAUCUGUUGUUGCAUGAUGUCCAACCUGUAUAUUUAAGAAGAUGUGAAUUGCUGUAUUGCUGUACACUGUAAUAGACCGAGUCAUUACAGUCAGGGCACACGUCUGUUUAAAUAAAAAAAAUAUAUCUAUAUAUAUAUAUUAUAUAUUUACCUUAAUAUUACAGCUGUAGAAAUUGCAUGAAUUUUAUUUAACUCUUAUUUCUGUUGUUUUGCAUUGGAAAGUGUAUUUUUAAUUAACUCAUUUGCUUCCUAAGUAGUCUUUUUUUUUUUCUUCUUCUUCUUUUUUCCUCUUCUUCUUCUUCUUCUUCUUCUUUUCUUUUUAUUAUUAUAUAAACUCUCACUAGAGAGUGACUCCUGUUAAGAUGUUCUACUGGGCUGUGAAGAUUGUGUUAAUGCACUGAUGUUAGGCUGCAGUUUGUCUCUGGCCAACCGAUCUCGAGUGUGUAGCAUGGAGCUGGGUGUCAGCAGAGGCUUCAUCUCUCUGAACGUCUUUUUCCAAAGCUAGUGCCGCUCCUGCUUAGCACCUCCUCACACACUGCUGUUCUCCACUGCUGGUCUCCAACUGCUGUCUCCGUGUCAUGUUUACUCGCUGUUAGCAUUUAAAAAGUGUCGCCUUUUUUUGUUUGUUUGUUUGUUUGUAAUUUAUUUAUUUAUCUGUUCGAUUGGCACUUGCAUCAAAUUCUGUGGCCACGAAGAUUCAGUUGCCAUGAAAACCCAUAUGACAGCGUGUCAGUUCCUGUAAAGAUGGGCUCAGCAGAUCUACUGUGUAUGGCGAACACUGAAGAAUCAGCAAAUAGCAUAAAGCUCCGAACGCUGAGAGUGCGUGUGUGUGUGUGUGUGUGUGUGUGUGUGUGUGUGUGUGCGUGCGUGUGUGUAGUUCCUAUUUAACAGGAGAAAAUGUUUGCCAUGCGUGGUUGCACCUUUAAAAACAAACAAAAAAAAAAUGAAAUUAGAUGCUGAAAAGAUGCCUUUAAGAUUUUAACUCUUGAUCAAAUUGACAUUGUUACACAAAUACCAGAGCUAUAAAUGCUAGAUUAUUGAAGAGUAAAAUAGUUACACUGCUGUAGAUUGAUUUUUUUUUUUCAACUUUUGUGUUUUUUUUUGUUUUUGUUUUUUGAGAAUAUAUUUCUUUUUCUUUCUUUUUUUUGGUUUUGUAUAAAUUAACAUCAAGCUGUCAUUUUCUUACUGAAUGUGGAAAAAUUGAACAAAAAGCUCAAGAUAUUAUUUGUUAGUUAAAAAAACAAAACCCAGAAAAGACAAAUAAAUAAAUAAAUAAAUAAUGAAAAGCUAAAUUUGGAAAAGUGCUGUUGGAGCCUCGGACACUAACACUCGAGCAGGAGUGAAGUUUAAGCGAGAAGGUGAAGGAGAGGAAGAGAGGACGAGAGUGGAGCGCUCGCGUGCCUCUAUGGCCUCAAGGGCCCUGAGCUUCCCAGUAUACGAUAGGUUUUGUGCAACAGCUAGCGAAAAAGGGUUAAGAUUUGCCAAUAGCACGCGCUCCUCGUGCCAUUUUGCACGGUGGUACUUUUACCUUUUGCACUCUAAAAUGUGAAAGAAAAGAAAUUUAUCAACUGUGGGGUGGGAUGGGAUUGGGUGGGGGGGGAUGUUUUCCUGAGGUUUUUUUUUUUUCCCUGCUUUUGUUUUAUGCUGGCUUCUACUAUCGUACUUGACCGCCUUAAACUACUGUUAACAGCCUACUGAUGCUCAGAGCAGGAGAACUGGAACUGGCAAGUUACUGGAUGUAUUUUUAUUUCACUUCUGUUCACUGGCAAUGAAGCUGUGAAACGGAAUACGAAGCAUGUCCACAAAACAGAUGAACCUUUAGUUUACUUGAAAACUGGAAACAGCCAGCGUGAAGAAGAACAACAAAAUUUAAACCCGAGUGCGUAGGAGGCGGGAGAGAAUAAAAAUAAAGUUAUGUCAAAAAAAAAAAAACUAAAAAAAAAGGACAAUCGCGUUCUAAAAAAAAAAAGAGGCAGAUUGACUUCACAUGUAUUUGCUUCCCUUUUGAGAUUUUGGUAUGUUCACAUUGUUCUUUUUAUGGAGUUAGACAGUUAGCUUUGACAAUCAUAGUAUGUUUCAUUUUCUCAAGGGAAGUAAAUUAUGAGGCUGUUUAGUUUUGUACUUUUUGGUGUGCUGUUGGUGAAAUUUUUAAAUUGUGUGCAAACUGCAAUAAAUUAUAAGUACCUUCA